AAAAUCAGGGUAAAGGCUCCCCUUCCAUUCCGGUCCCCUGUCUUCUGAGUAUUUUAUUUUGGCGUACACUCCCUCUAGCCAGCGCCGAUCUUUCCCUCUCACAAACCCAAAUGGACCCACCUCAGCCACCGUCACCGCCACAAUCUGCCGCCUCGAUCAAGCUCCGGUUGAUGUGCAGCUACGGCGGCCGGAUAACCCCACGGCCGCGCACCAAGUCCCUCUGCUAUUUGGGCGGCGAAACCCGCAUAAUCUCCGUCGACCCAGCCGCAGUCAACACCCUCUCCGCCUUCAUCUCCCAUCUCCUCACCAUCCUCGCCAUUACACCUCCCUUCACCCUCAAGUAUCAGCUCCCUCACUCCGCCCUCGACUCCUUAAUCUCCCUCUCCUCCGACGACGACCUCCAAUUCAUGCUCUGCGAGCACCUCCGCCUCUCCUCCUCCAUUUCCACCGCUUCUGCUCCCUCUCGCAUUCGGCUCUUCGUCUUUUUUCCCGAGCCGGAGAAGCCCACGACGGCCCAAAACGUUAUUCAUCACCCGAAGACCGAGGCCUGGUUAGUCGAUGCGCUUGAGAGUGCCAAGAUUCUGCAGAAGGGCCGCGAUUGCUCGGUGGGAUUUGAUGGGGAGGGUCUGAUUGGAGAGAAUGAAGGAAAGGGUGUUGGAGAUUUGGGUACUGGGGGUGUUUCCUUGGCGGAAUCAAUGGUUCUGGAGACCAGUUCCUCUUUUGGAUCAUCUUCUUCUUCAGCUUCUUUGGCUAACGUGCCUCUCAUUAAACCUCUGAAUGAAGACUUUGCAUUCAGUUCGCUGGAUAAUGCUGUCGCAAGCGAGAUCGCCGCCACCAGCUCUUGUUCUUCAAUUGAGAAUGCGGUUAUGUCUAUCCCUGUGAUAUCAGAGAGUUACUUUCAUGACCCCGCUGCUGGAAUUCAUCCCCAGAACGCCAUUGAUUUUUCAGGCUAUACACUAGCUCCCCGACCAAACUCUUUUCAGCCGCAGGCAUUGCAGUUUGUUCAAGCAGGCACUCCGGUAGAAAGCUGCCUUCCUUCUAUGUUUCCAAUGGCUUCUUACUAUCCAGCCCAGCAGCCUCAGUUUCUCCAUUACCAGCCGAUGCCGAACCAUAUGUAUCCUCUCUACUUUUUGCCUGUUGGACAGACACAGGUUUCAACCCCUUCCAACCUACCUAUGCAGUGGGGCUUGCGUGACGCUGCAACUGGGAGUUUGAGCCACGCUUUGGUUCCCGAUGCUUCUCCUGUUGCUCUUUCUCAAGUAGCUUACAAGGAGGUGAUUCCUGAGCCACACCCACAGAAUUUUGGAGCGACACCACCUCUUGCAAAUCCAGUUGCUUUGGAGCCUGCUGAUGAAGUUCGGCAGCAACCUGUGAGCAUUUCUAAUGAUGCUGCAGUUGCUCUAUCUGGUGAAGUUGCUCGUAUUCGUAAUGAAUGCAACGACGAUGAUCUUGCAAGGACUCAAAUAUACAAAUCUCAGCCUCCACCACCCCUGGUUCCUUCCCAGUUGCAAAGUAAAGCUAAUGCCUCGACGACCCUUCUGUCAGAUGCGAUGGCUCAGCUACAGAUGAUCAAAAUCAAACAAUGAAUUGGGAGCCUGAAAUCACAGAGAGUAAGAGAUUUUGAUCACCCAAUUUUGUGGGAUUUUUUUUUACUAUAUGCAUACCCUUUCUGAAAAUGAACUUGUUUUAUAGGUGUAAAGACGAAUUCUUGUUCUUUUACUUACUCUUUUUUUCAUUUCA